UGCACACUUAUUUCACCAACUUCCGGUAAGAACACCACAUGGCCUGUAAAUAUGUCUUUACGGCAUGUUGUUCCCGGUGUUUUUGCACGUUUAAAGUCCAUAACAACACCAUUGAAAGUAAAAUUAAAAUUGGCGAAAUAUUUAUGGAUCUCCGAGUCGGUCAUUAUACCAAAUAAGACUGAAGUCCUGUUCGAUUUUAUUGCUGGAUUGCUGGUGAAAAAGAAAAGAACAAGCUUGUCUGAUGAAGAUUUUGAAGCCAUAUGGCAAUGCCUGGAAUGGCUUCUACUUACAAAGAAAAUGCAGCGACGGUUAUCCAAGAAACAGGCUGUUAUUCUGAAACCAUCUUUCAGCACUAUAUUAAAUUUCAGCUUGGCUAAUGUGUCCCAAAAUAAAUUGAAGUACUCAGACAGUGUGAUGGCUUGCUGUAAGUUGUUGUUGUCAUCUCCAGCCUUGUCCUACCUUUUUACCUCAAACAUUGAAAACAUGGUUAACCUUUUGUCUGCUGUGAGCAGCAUAAGUCUGCAACAACUUGCUACAACUGGUCACAUGGAGCAACAUAUUGACGACUUGUUAACUAAUCUGAUUAAGUCUUUCUGUGACUGUCAAAAAAUUAGUUGUAACCAAGGCCAGGUUCUUAAGUUGUUCUGCAAUAAAUUAUUUCAAUCUGUACUAAUUCUCCGAUAUAAAUGUCAACACCAUUCCGAUUACAACCACAUUUCAUGUUUACUUGAUGAGAUGAUAAAAAAUACUGUUUUUAACAAAGAUCAAAGAUUAUUUUUCAGGAAAUUGCAAAAACAGAGUGCUGCAACUAAUAUUUUAGAAUCCAAGUCUGGGCUAAUUCAGCUGUUUACAAUAAUGAAAGAAGCUAUUACUGGAACUGACAGUGAAGCAUUAGCGAUUGAUUUCAGGGCUGCUGUCUUCGAUUAUUUACCAAAACUUUUUGCUUCAUUUAUUGAAGGAGAAACGGAAAGCUCUGUGCCGAUUCAGAUAAUGUUGGACAACAUCAGUAAGUUACUUGGGUUUGAUUUGGAACAAGGCAAGUUCCAUGGUGCUGUUGAAGAAAACAAGGCUAUAGAAAUUAUGGGGCAGUUAUUGAAUAUUUACAAUUUGAGUGCAAAUGAUGAUAAUGAAGAGAAAUUUUGGUUUAUGUACUCCAAACAACUCCCUCAAAUUCUUUUCACAGCUGAAAGGAAAACAGAUUCAUGGUUUUUGUGCUUGAAGUCUUUGAUUUUACUUAAUCCAGAUAUCAAUAAAGAAUAUUUGGAUCAGAUCUUAUCUUUAUGCUGGUCUGUAUUAUCAGAAAGUGAUGAGUCUACAAUUGAGCAAGUUGAUGGUCUGCUAGAAAGUAUUUUAGAAGUAUACAGCAAAUUACGACAGAUACCAUUCUUGUUUAAGAAGUUAAUUGCAUCUGUCAUUGCAUCCUCGGUAGAAUAUAACUGCAAGUGGCCUCAGCGAUUUUCUCUUAAAUUCCAGAAUAUUGUGCAAAUGUUACCUCAAACUGUUGCGUUACAAGUAUGGGAGAUGCUGCUGACUGCAAUUGAAAAGGAAUUAGCUCCAAUACUUAAAGAUGAUGAAGGUGAUGACUCCAUUUCCAACCAGAAACCUGUAUGUUCUUGUAUAAUUGGUUUGCUGCUGAACUUUCUGGGUGAUGUUGUUAUAGUUGGCCCAUCAGUGACUGCCAAAAAUACAUUGGCAAUACAGAAUUUUCAGACCAGAAUGAAGAUAACAGUUGUGGUCCCUUCACUAUACUUAUGCCUUAGUAAGCCUAAUUGUGAUCCACAUCUUCUGGAAGCAACCCUGCUACUGAUCUAUGAAUGGUGGGAGAUAGCAUUCAUAUUAGCUUAUUACACACCACCAGGCCAAGAGGAAUUUCUUUUAGACCUGUCCACCUUCAACUUCCUCUCUGCAUCAAUCCGGAAGAAGAUUUUAAAGUCUGUGGGAAAUGGAUCUGUUGUUUGUUACUUACUGCAAUUGCAGUGUAUUAAAGCAGUACAAGUAUUCCCAGAGUCUGAAACAGAAGAGAAAAAAGCAAAGAUUUGUAAUUUGAGUGGAAUCAUAAACAUGUUGAUGUCAAAGGAAAAUAGUGAAGUCCCUGCUGAAAAUCAGAAUAAAAUUGUGCACCCUCGUAUUCCUGUAAGGACAAUAAAGCAGGCUACAUGGUGGUUUCUCACCACUAACUUUCCAAUUGUGUUUCCACUUCUCACUCCACGAAACAUUUUGAUUAUCUCUCAAUAUAUUGUUCAAACUCUGAUGACUGACACAGUUGAACAUUCAGAAAGGGAAAUGUCAACGGAAGCAAGUUUUACAUGGGAUUUAAUCAAAUCUCCUUUCUUUCAAGAAAUGGCUUCAUUCCAUCCUCUCAUUAUCUCUUGUAUUUUCUCUACACUGGCUGGUUCAAUCUUGAAACAAGAUGGUUCUCUACCUGAAGAUAUGAAGACUGUUGCUAGUUUAUUCAGUACUUUAGGAAACUCAGAGAUACAGUGGAAUAACCCCAAUGAUAAAAAGACUUCUGAAGCAUUAAAGAUUGUUGGAGAAGGCUUUUGCAGUUUAUUUGGGAAUUCAGUUGCUCAAAGUGAUGCACAAGAAAAGGUUUUACAGAAAUCUUCAACCAUCAUUAAAAUUGUAGAGUUGCUACCUCUGAGGUUCCUUCCACCAAAUGAGAAAAUCCAGAUCACAUUUGGCUUGCAUCUUGUAAUUUCAUGUUGUCCUGUCAGUGACAUCUGUCCAGAUGAUAGUAACUUAGUUAGUACAGUACCAAAUGACCAAAAACUUUCUCUGAUUACUAACUGCAUUGACUGCCUAAGCACUUUGAUGAUGUCUUCAGAGAAUGUUUUUAUAUACAACUAUCUCAGACCAGAAGUCGUACUUAAUUUUCUGGAAACUUCCUUAAGCAAAAUUCAAAAACAGAAACCCAACAGCCAACAGGCUCUAUUGAUGUGUUACUACAGGCUUCUGGAAUAUUCUAUAUCUUCCAUAAUUGAAGGUUUUACAUUAUGUUCUAUAUUAGAGACUUAUAUCAUGAAGUUAUUCAAAUAUCUCCAGAAGGCUAAAGAUCGGAUUUGUAAAAAGUCACAUUCCAUGGAAUAUAUUCACAAGAAGUACUCACUCAAGUUUCUUUUUGCAUCCAAAUUUAUCGAGGAACUUGGCAAGGUAUUACAACAGAAAACAUUAUCAGAAGACACUCGUGCUAUAGCAACGAAAUAUAUGGAAAUGUUUUCUGAUGUUGUCCUAGAAAUGGUCACUUCCAUUGAUUCUGAUGUACCAGACUGUGUACUUGCUGUAUACACUUCUCUCUUGGAGUCCCAGAAAAAUACUUCAAAUGGAGGGAAGCCUUUAAGUAACAAACACAACCCCAGAUUGACAGUCUGUUGUUUAAACAAGAUCUCCAAAAUGGAAAACUUUACCAGUUUGUUGCUUUCAGUGCAAUUUUUCAAGUUUUCUUUGAAUCACGCAUCUGCUGUAAUCUCUCCAGAAGAACAUUCCAAUCUCUGGAAUUGUCUUAAAGACCUUCUCAGUUUCUUGUCAACCUCUUCUACUGUUACUCAAAGAACUCAGUCGUCAUCAGCGGCAUCAAUUGAAAGCAGUUUGAAUACAGCAGUAGCCUUUAGUUUACUAUCAAGCUUCUCUGGUCUUCAGUUAGCAUCUCUGUGUGCUCCAUUAUCAACAAUAACAAUUGGUAGUCAGCUACAGUUCUACUCAACACAGAAUUGCAUACAGUCUCUUUAUAUAGCUGUCCAAUCAACAAUGUUGUCUCUUAUAACUGCAAUGAGUUGUGAAGAACAACAUAUACACCUUCAAAAUUUGGCAUUGUGUUUAAAAACUGAUGCUGGAUUGAACAACUUUACUGAAAUCACAACUGCAACUGAAGUGUUUCAGAUUCUACUGGAGAAAAAUGUAUUUCAUGAAAAUGCUCAGCUUCAAAAAACUAUGUUGAACUCGACCCAGUUGAUGUUCCAACAGCUACAAUGGCAUUGUAAUAUGGACAAGAUGACUAAAAUAUAUAUACCUCUGCUUCACUUGGAAGUGAAAAUGUUGAAGAAAAACAUACCACCCAAGACAGCUUUACAUGUUAUAUUUGGUUGCCAAUUCGUGCCUCUUUCAAACCUUGAUGCAGCUACCUUUGAGGCUGUUUUCCAAGCUCUCUAUGAUGUCUUGAACAUUCUGCUUACAGAAUAUACAGAUGCUAUCUUGCUGACUCUUCCAAGUUUCAUUGGAAUAGUAAAACGUUUGAUAGUUGCUGUGGUUGGUGAAGGAACCCAAGAUAAAUUAAGCAACAAUAAAUCUGCAGAAAAAGCAAUAUGUAACUGCGCUAAUUUAUUAUCAAGACUGAUAAAUAAUAUGACCAUCCACAAAUCAGAGCUGAACAGUGUGGUCAAUUAUGUGAUAGCUGAAUUCAUUGCUGCAUAUUCAAAUGUGACUCUUUUACCAACUGUAAAGAGCAUCUUAAACUCUAGCCUUUAUUGUUUACUCAUGUCUUGCAACGACCAUAUGCUUAAUAGUCUAAAUGCCAUUCUUCCACAAAGCAUGAAGCGGGUAUUUGAGUCCAUUUACACGAUAUACACCAAGAACUAUGAAUACAAGGGAUAUAUCUAAGGCACAUCAGGGAAGACUCAUGGAAUAAAUGGAAGAACUUGUGUGACAUCAAUAAAGAGAAAACAUAGAAUAAUUGUUUUCUGUGAGGAAGUGUUGCGAGCCACAAUUACUAAAGAUAUUGCUAAGUAAACACAUAAGCUACAUUUCCGUUUCUCUAAAAUUCUUUAGGUGUGUAAGAAAUUGGUAUCAUUUGUCUCCAGUGAUUUCUAUAAAUAAUCAACUGGGUUAAAUUGAUUUAACAUUAUAUUGUCAAAUCUCUGACCUAGCUAUUUUGAUUUUCUAAUUCAGUGUACUACUUCUGGUGUUCCUUUUAUAAAGGAGCAACAAUAUGUUAUGAUCUUAGUGUUGGCAUUAAAAAACCCCAUUAUUUUCCAGCUGUUAUGGCACCAAAUGUAAGAUACUGGACUUCAAACACUAUGGAGCAUUUUGCCCAUAUAAGAAUAGAAAUUUAUUUCUGUAAAACUUUUUCUUUAAGUUGGCAGAAAGAUUACCUGAUAAUUUAGAAAUAAAAAAGUUAAUGAAAAAAUAGUAAAUCACUACUUUAAUUACAAUUUUUAUUGAUUUUAACUUUCAUAGGAACAUAAUCUGGAUGGUUUGAAAAUUUUAUUUUCUGUCAUAAAUUAAUGUCUCAAUCAAGUUGAGAUGUUAAAAAAAAAGUUCUCUAUAUUUUCAUUGAACUACUUCAGUUUUUGUAUAAGAAGCAUUUAUUGUAGAAAUACAUAACAUCUUCAUACAUUAAAUUUGUUUUUCUCUGUCAAUCCAUGAUAAAGCUACCAUGUAUUUUCAAUUUUCAAAUUUCUUAUGUAAAUAAGUGUUCAGGUAAUAAGAACUGUGCAAUAGCAAUGAUUAGUCUAGAUUUUUAUGGACCCAUUUUCUGAAACAAAAUCAGUUUGUAUAGCAUUAUUUUGGAAUACAGUAUCAUUUUGUACAUUCAUUUAUUGAUUCAAGAAGGACAAAAAAAUAAGACACUUGGUGGAACUGCAAAUCAUAAAUGAAGAGUACCAAAUGGAAGACUUGUAAUAACAAUUACUAUUCAUCACCUGUAAAAUUAUAAUAAAUAUUAAGCCAUUCUGCAAACAGCAAA